AUGGCUUCCAGCCAAGUAAGCGACAGAGCAUCAUCUGAGCUCAGAAUCAGAAGCGAACCAUCUGACGAUCCUCAGAGCGUCCGGACCCCUCGAACAACAUCCAACACCGCCCUUCUGCAGCAAGUGGGAGAUGACGAAGCAGUCUUUGAGGUUCCAAAGGAGGCUUCCGCAGGUUUGGACCAGCACUUGGACGCGGGCGGAGGAUCCGAGGGGAAGGUGCACCCUGAAGAGGGCCCUGGGACUGCCACGCAUGCGGGUUUGUCAGGCCUGCUGAGAGGCCCGUGGCGGGAUCUGGCGGGGGGGGGUUUUAUUUUUGGGGAACCCUAUGCUCCCCUGAAGACCUUGUUCGCAUUCCAGGGCACUGCCCUCAAGAUGGUGCUCACGCGGGUCGACUUUUGGAUCCUCAUCCUGCUGAACCUGGCUGUGAAUUUGGUCUUCUACACGAGCACUUCCGGCCACACCACCAACGAUACCCGCGAGGAACCGCGCGAAUAUGGCUGGCCUGGCGUAAACAUCACGAUGAUUGGGACGUCCGGCGCGCUGCUCUCCUUCUUCCUGGUCUUCUUCAACAACGAGUCGUACAAGCGCUUCUUCGACCAGUACCGCCUCGCGCGCAACACGGAGCACGCCAUCUCCAACCUAGUUCUCAUGCUGCGGACCAACUUCCGGGACGGCCUCAUCAAGCACGCGGCCACCACUCGCUUGGACAUUUUCCGGUACCUGUCCGCUGCGCACUAUUUGGGCCUGGCUCAUCUGCCCCAGUACAAAAGCGACGGCAUGGUCGACUGGGCGUAUGCCCACCUCCAGUCGCUGCAAGUGCUGUCCAGCAAAGAGGUCGACGUCUUGCGCGCGCUCCCCGGCCGGAACGCCUACAAAGAGUGCCUCCUCUGGUGCUUGCAACGGCUGUGGGUGCACACCGAAAACAAGGACAUCGAGUCCAGAAUCUACCAGGCUUAUGAACGGAACGUGCUGGACGUCCGCAAGAGCAUUCAAGACAUCUACAACUACACCUCACAGCCCAUCCCGUUUGCGUAUUUCCACCUGAUCAACUUCUUGUUGCUGGUCUACCUCGCUGUCAACGCGUACGCCUUCGCGUUCUUCUCGGCGUACUGGUCGCUCUUGGGCUACGCGGUCUUCACGAUCGCGCUGCUGGGACUGCGCGAGCUGGGAGUCGCGCUCGCGGAUCCGUUUGGGGAUGACGAAACCGACCUUCCAAUAUUCUCGUUGAUCAACGAGUAUUUCGAAGAGAACGAGAAGGCGUUGAAUGACCCGCCCCUCUUUGCUCCCGAACUAGACUGA